GCAUAUGGAACUUAUUUACGAGAUUCACAGAUUUCCAUUGAUGGUGCUAAUAUAUUAGUAGUCAUCCUUUACCCUCUUCAACCUAAUGCACUUCUUCCAUUCCCACUUUCUGAAAACAUUAGGACAAUAAGGGAGGGUGUUGGAUAUGAGGUUUUGUGGCCUAUUGCAUUUGUGAUAAAUGAUGAUGAUGAGGUGAAUAACGUUAUACCCAAACUUUCAAAGUUGAGUUAUAUUUUCCUACACUCUUGGUUUCUUUAUUUUUCAUUUUAAUGUCAUGCAUCUAUUUAUGUGUUUAGGAUGUUGGCAAGAGGAAGAAUAAAAUGAAGAAGAUACAAGCAUCCCCAAAGAAAAUCAAAUAUGAGAAUCCUAGAGAUGUACAACUUUUUUCUAAAACAGUUUCAGCAAUGUUGGAGGGUAAACCGACACCCAAAGUUGACUUUCCAAUCAAUGUUUUUGGGAUGAAAUUUCAAACUUUCCUCUUGACAACUGAAAUGAAUGAUGUAAUUUCUGCAAAAGAGUUGACUAUGAAUUGCAUAUGUUUCUAUAUUUGGCGGUUGCAUGAACAUCUGGAUGAGACACUACAGGAGAAAAUUAUAUUUAUUCAUCCAGGAAUGGUGUCCAAGGCUGGAACAAUGGCCCCACAAAUUGAAAAAAGAGCAAGGUUCAUUGCUGAUCGCCUAAUUGACUCCAAAUUGGCAAACUUGGUUUUUCUUCCAUAUAACCCAAGGUUUCAUUGGGUUUUGGCUGUAAUUGACCUCAAAUCACAAAUAGUCUACUAUUUAGACUCGCAAUUGCAACAAUCAUACCAAGAUAUAAAAGAUAUUGUGAACAUGUAA